UCCAGGUAUGUCGAAGCUGCAAACAACGGUCGAGGUCGGCAAGUUGGGCGACGGAGAAAAUUGUCGAAGAAGGAUGACAUGUUGAGGUACAAGAUGGAGCGAAUUCCUUUCUUGGAGGAGCAAGUGAGAAAGAUAAAGGAAGGGGGAAAGCUUUUGACCAUGGACAUCGAGAGGUUGUUGCUAUCGGAGGAUAAUCGAUUUGAUUUUGUGAACGAGGUGGCAGCUGAAGCUAAGGAAUAUGUUGAGAGCAACCGAGAUGAGUAUGGAGGUAAGAAGAAAGCUAUCCUUCAUGUCUUGAGCAAUCGAGUGAAUGACUUAGGGUUCUACCGACCAGAUGCAUAUGAAGAAACUGACCCUUUCAAGCCCGGACCUACUUAUUUAAAAGAAGAGUUCACAUAAGCAUUCAAAGAUAUACAAAACUAGAUGCUUGAUACAUGCUGAAAUUUGUAAUUCUUAUUGUCUUGAAAAUCAUUGGCUUAUCGUAUUGGAAGGUGGUUGUAUUGUUCUGAGUUAGUGAAAGUUGAGUCAAUGUAUAGAAUGGAAGGCAAUUCUAUCCA